AUGUCCUUUCCGGAUAUCACUGAGAUCCAGUCAGCCCUGCCUUCCGCCAACGCUGGCCAGAAUCUUCCAGUCGUUGCUAUUGAUGGCGAGGGUAAGGAGUGGACAAAGCCUCUGAAUUACAACUAUGACGAGCUCGCUCAGCAAGGUCCAAUUGAGAGCAGCAACUGGGAGGGCAACAACGUCAUUUACGAGUGGAAUGAUGAAUAUGGCGAUGUUGGUCCGAAGCAUCCAGAGCUAGAGAUCAUGCUUUUCGGUGACCCUGAAUCUCGUCGUGAUCACAGUGGACUUGAUUUCACUUCUAUCGCUGAGAUUGAGGUCUCCCAAGUGGGUGAAAUUCGCGUUAAACCCAUCCAGGCAUACAAGGAUGGCGGUCUUCACCCUGUGAUGCUGGAGAACAUUGAGCUUUCUGGUUAUGAUGCUCCUACCCCUAUCCAGAAGUACACUAUCCCAGCUAUUCACAUGGGAUUGGAUGUUGUCGCCGUUGCCCAAACCGGUAGCUCAGGCUCUGGCAAGACUGCUGCCUAUCUGAUUCCCAUUUUGAAUAAGCUAAUGGGCAAGGCGAAGAAAUUGGCAGCUCCACGUCCUAACCCUGCCGUGGUCCAGCUUGGCGAAGCUCCUGUCAGAGCUGAGCCCUUGGUUGUCGUGGUCUGCCCUACCCGUGAGCUCGCGAUUCAGAUCUUCAACGAGGCUCGCAAGUUCUGCUACCGUACUAUGCUUCGCCCUUGCGUCGCCUAUGGCGGUGGUCCUAUUCGUGACCAGAUCCAACAGCUAGGUAAGGGCUGCGACAUUCUCAUCGCUUCCCCUGGUCGUCUUUGCGACUUCAUUCAGCGACCUGACGUCUUAUCACUUCGUCGUCUCCGCUACAUGGUCUUUGAUGAGGCUGAUGAGAUGCUCCAUGAUGACUGGCGUGACGAGUUCGAUGUGAUCAUGACUGGUGGUGAGCAACAAGAGGGCAACAUCAAAUACAUGCUUUUCUCAGCCACCUUCCCAAAGCCCCUCCGUGAUCUGGCCAAGGAACAUCUUGCCAUAUCCAGCGUCCGUAUCAAUGUCGGCCGCAUUGGAAGCACCCACACCAACAUCCUCCAACGCGUUUUCGAGGUCGCACCCUUUGACAAAAAGAGCGCUCUCAAGGAGCACAUUAACUCACUGGCCGCCUGCCGAACGAUCAUCUUCGUCAACAGCAAGCGCACUGCAGAUGAAGUUGACGACUUUUUGUUCAAUAUGGGGUUCCCCUGUACCUCCAUGCAUAGCGAUCGUACUCAGCUUGAGCGAGAGGCUUCCAUGCGUGCUUUCCGUGCCGGCAAGGCCCCCAUUCUGAUCGCCACUGGCAUUAGUGCCCGCGGCAUUGACGUGAAGAAUGUCAAGCAUGUCAUCAACUACGACCUUCCCAGUAUGGAGCACGGCGGUAUUGAGGAAUAUACCCAUCGCAUCGGUCGUACUGGUCGCAUGGGUCAACGUGGCAUCGCCACCUCGUUUUACACGGAGCGCGAUGAGCCUAUCGCCAGUGUUCUGGUUCGCACUCUUCUUGAGACCGGGCAGACAGUCCCUGAAUUCCUUGCGCCCUACAAGCCCACUGGAAAGGGCCUGGAGAACUUGAAGUUCGAGACCGAGUCAGAUUUCGAUCCUGAGGAAGCUGGUAUCGCUCAUCUUGGCGUUACUUCUGGCGGCAACGAGGACUGGAGCGGAGAAGGCAACGAAGGCAAGACUGCUGGCGAUACCGAUACCUGGGGCGCUUCUGCUGGCUCCGUUACUGGUAACAAGGCCGGUAAUGAUGACCAGGAGUGUGAGCAGCCUGCCGCUUGGGGCAUUGCUCCUGCUGGUGAUUCUGGGUAA